AUGAGCUACCAAGAACCAGGGGCCCCUGUCACCUACAGCAGGAUACUCCAGGUUAGUGGUACUUCUCAGUUAUUCUCGGUCCUUCGCGCAAAGUUAAGUCACGGCACCCCGCGUGCACAGGCUUAUUUUUGUAACAACAAAUUUCAAAACAUUAUUUCUAUGGAAAAAUUAACUACACAAGAACAAAAUAACGUUAAAGUGCGCGAUCAUAAUCACUUAACUGGAAUGUAUAGGGGUGCUGCACAUCAGAGUUGUAAUUUAAAUUAUAAAGAUAUUUGUGUUAUACCUGUGGUCCGCUUAUACGAACAAGAUAUUAAAGAUGAAGAUUAUUCUCACGCUAUCAAAGUUUGGAAUACUUUCAAUAUUCGUACAUUAGGAGAAUAUUCCGAUUUAUAUUUAAAAACAGAUGUGCUUCUUCUAUCCGACGUAUUCGAAGCAUUUCGAACUACGUGUUUAAAUACUUAUCAACUUGAUCCCUUACAUUAUUAUACUGCACCAGGCUUAACAUUUGAUGCCAUGUUAAAAACGACAAAAAUUAAACUAGAACUCUUAACGGAUAUAGAUAAAGUCCUUUUUGUCGAGAGAGGUAUUAGAGGUGGAGUUUCCCAGUGUUCUAAUAGAUACGGUAAAGCCAAUAAUAAGUACAUGAAUAAAGACGAAUAUGAUCCUUCACAAGAUAGUACCUAUUUAAUGUAUUUUGAUGUUAAUAACCUUUACGGAGCGGCAAUGUCUCAAUGUUUACCGUAUGGGAAAUUUGAAUUUGUAGAAAAUUUCAAUAUUUCAGAUAUCUUAGAUACUUCUGAUAAUUCCACAACUGGUUAUAUUAUUGAAUGCGAUUUGGAUUAUCCAGUAGAUUUGCAUGAAAUACAUAGCGAUUUACCUUUAGCUCCAGAGCACAUGAUACCUCCCAUUUCAAGGUCUAAACUUAAAAAGUUGUUAUUGACUUUAUAUCCUAAGAAAAAUUAUGUUAUACAUUAUAGGAAUUUAAAAAUGUAUAUAAAAUUUGGUAUGAAAAUAAAAUGUGUACAUCGUGUUCUUAAAUUCGAACAGUCUGCGUGGUUAAAGGAAUAUAUAGACUUAAAUACAAGGCUUAGACAGCAAGCGAAGAACGAUUUUGAAAAAGAUUUUUUUAAAUUAAUGAUUAAUGCUAUUUAUGGUAAAUGCAUGGAAAAUGUUCGAAAACAUAGGGAUAUUCGAUUGGUCAGUAAAUGGGAGGGACGAUGGGGAGUUCGUUCUCUUAUUUCUAAACCAAAUUUUCACAGUUCAGUUGUAUUUGAUGAUGAUUCAGCUAUCAUCGAAAUGAGUAAAUUAGAGGUGUUUUUAAAUAAACCAAUUUAUGUCGGUUUUUGUAUUUUAGAUAUUUCUAAAACUUUUCUCUAUGAAUUCCACUAUGGUUAUAUUAAGGAAACAUUUAACAAUAAUGCAAAGUUGCUUUACACCGACACUGACAGUCUAAUUUACGAAUUUCAUGUAGGUGAUAUAUACGAAUAUAUUAAGAAAGAUUCUCAUCGGUUUGAUACUUCGGACUAUGAUUUGUAUAAUGUUUAUGGUAUAGAACAAAAAAAUAAAAAAGUGCCAGGUUUGAUGAAAGAUGAAAAUAACGGUAAGAUUAUGUUAGAAUUUGUGGGUCUCAGAUCGAAAAUGUAUGCAUAUAGAGUUGCAAAGGAUGAUUUUAAUAAAAAAGUAGUUAAGAAAUCCAAAGGUAGUACGAAAGCUUCACUUAAAACAAUAACAUUCGAAAAUUAUAAAGAAUGCUUAUUUAAUAGCCGAAAUUACGAAAAGUCCCAAAAUCUCAUCAAAUCAAAACAUCAUAUUGUUUACACAAUAAAACAGGAGAAAAUAGUUCUCAGCCAUAAUGAUGAUAAGAGAAUUGUUACAAGAUUUGCAACGGAUACGCGACCUUGGGGAUAUCAUAUUUCGCCACCAGAAAUGUGA